AUUUUAGAUGUCAAUGUCAAAAACAAAGUAAACAUUGGUUGUUGUGAAAUGGAUUAGCUUGAAUUAACAUAAUUUUUUUCUUCUAGAUAUCAUAAGAUAUGCUAAAAUGAGUAAUAAAGCAGCAAAAGUCGCAGAACUAUUUACAAAAACCAUCGCUCAAACUAAAUGUUUUGAUCAUAACCUACGAAAGUUGAAGGUUGUUUGCUGUGACAAUGGUAGAUUGGUGACUCAGUUCCAAGUUGGCCCUGAACAUUUGAACCAGCGCGGUACCCUACAUGGUGGAUUUAUUGCACAUCUAGUAGAUGCAAUUUCCACAUAUGCUCUAACGGCUAAUGAAAAUGUGGAUACCAGAGGAGUCUCAAUAGAUCUUAGUGUGAGCUUCAUGACUGCGGCCAGGGAAGGUGACAAUGUACUUGUUGAAGCUGUCACCCGAAAAGUUGGCAAGAAGAUAGCCUUCCUCGAAGUGGAAGUUAGAAACAAAGAUAACAAUCAAUUAUUAGCAACUGGCAGACAUACCAAAUUUAUAGGCAUUUAAACUAGUCUCAAUAAAUGUAGUAAUUGUUGUAUUUAUUAUAAUUUUGUUAAGAAUAAAUGAUGAAUUCUUAGACCAAAUAUAACACAGUGAUUUUAUUUCAUGUCAUGUAAUUUUUUAUUUAGUUAUUUAUUAUUAUAUAUUAAGAUUGCAAUUAAUUGGAUUUGGUAUGAAUGACUGUCUACUUAAAAUAAAUUUACUGUUCAACAGGGAAGAAGGAUAUUUAAAAUGAAAUGCAGACAUUUUUAUUUUCUUUUAUUUUCUAAGCAUAAUACACCAUCCUAUAGUAAUGUUUAGAAUUUUUGUAGUAAAUGAAACCACGCAGAAACACAUGAAAUGAAAACAUGAAAAAUUAAUACUAAUGGUAAAUAAUUUCUGUCUUAUGGUACUAAAAAUAAAUUGUCUUGCAUUUG